UUGUUUGAGAGGAGCGGAUCAAAAGCCCCACAUCGAGAACCUCCUUUUCUUAUGGAAAUAAAGUGUCUGCCUCUCAUUCACACGAGUUUCUGUAAUGCAAAGAAGGCAGUCUCAACAUUACUGAGAGAAGUUAGGAGUGAGGAGCACGCGGCACCGGAGUCUUGGAGAGACACUUUGGAGACGCGGAUCCCCGGGCGCGCACGCCCGCUGCAUGAGGGCAUUUAUUUAGUCAGGUUGAUGCGGUAUUGCUGAUAGUUGGCCAUGCUUGCCUCUGCACGGUGCGCGGUUGCGUUCGGGCUGCUGUGCGCUGCGCUCUCCGCGGGCGCGUCGCUGUGUCCCGCCGGCUGCGAGUGCUCGGAAGCCGCGCUCACGGUCAAAUGCGUCUCCAAAGAUCUGCGGGACAUACCGAGCGGCAUCCCGAGCUACACCAGAAACCUCUUCAUCAACGGAAACCACAUCAGCCAGAUCGGACCCGAGUCUUUCCGGGGACUGGACAACGUGACGAACUUGUCACUGUCUAACAACAGGAUCUCAGAAGUGAAGUCUCACACAUUUUCUAGCCUGCGGAGCCUCAGAUCGCUGGACCUCAGCAACAACCAGCUAGCCGUCAUCCAUCCUGAGGCGUUCACCGUCCAGAGCCGCAUGCUGAGGGAGCUCAACCUCAGUCGGACUCUCUAUAACCACUCGUCCGUCACUGAUUUAGCCACCUCUCUUCGCUGGAGCAGCCUGGCUGACCUGCUGGGACUGGACCUGUCCAGUAACGGCCUUGUCUACUUGCCCCCGGGCAUCUUUUGCCAUCUUGUCGGCCUGCGGCGCCUUCAGCUUGGCAACAACUCUAUAGUGUCCAUCCAUAACGGGACGUUCACAGGACUGGAUCACCUCCAGGAACUCGACCUCACCCACAACGCCCUCAGGACCCUGCGUGAAGAGGCUCUAAAAGAGCUGGAGCACUUGCGUUCAGUGAGGCUCCACUUGGCGGAGAAUCCUUACACCUGCACAUGCGACAUCGAGUCUUUCGCCGCCUGGCUGAACGGCUCACGGGCGCAAGUGGUAGACGUCGAGCGCCUGACUUGCGCGUUCCCAGACGCCUUGCAGAACACGUCGCUACUGACGGUGGGCGAACUGGAGUUGGGUUGCCAUAAGGCGAGAGAAAGUGACAAUCUCGCACUGCAGACCUCCUACGUGUUCCUGGGUCUCGUGCUGGGAUUUGUCGGGCUCAUGUUUCUCUUUGUGCUCUACCUGAACCGCAAAGGUAUUAAGAAGCGCAUUUACAACAUGCGUGACGCAUGCCGGGAAGUCUGGGAAGGGUACCACUACCGAUACGAGAUCGACUCCGAUCCCAGACUGUCGCAAGUCUCUACAACAGCAGAUAUGUGAGCUCUUCCCAAACUGAGCUCCUUAUAUGAACUAGUUUUCUAUUGCAUUUAUACUUGGAACACGUCCGUUUGUGUGGCAAACAGUGUUGGGGGUAACGCGAGUUAC